AUGAGGUUCGAUUGAUAUACGGUGUCAGUGUCGGUGUAAGUGUUAGCUAACCAGACGUUUACACUUAGUUAAAUGGUCAAACGUGCUUGAAAUCACCAGACGAUUGGAUUAUUCCUUGGAUUAGUGUACACAACAUCGAACUAGAACAGGGCGGAGAUGGAGCAGAGGAGCGUGGAAGUGUUACGGUUAACUGCUGAAGAAACCGAAGCCCUGACACCAGGGGUUAACUUGAUCUGUAAGGAAGCAGGAAACAACUUUAUCAUUUACAAGGUGUGUAUCCCUCCGCGACUAGUUUCAUCGGGGAGGGGGGGUAUAGACUUAGUCAUGUUGGGUCUGAGUUGUCAAGAUGGAACCCCUCCCUUGACUUACUCCAGACUCUUCUGCAUCUUGCAGUCUGUGGCCAGGUGGGACCUUGGUGUUUUUGCAGGUUGUCUCUCCACCUGGUGCAUGGCCUCCCUCUGCGUCUCCUCCAUUUUCUUCGAGUCCUUGAAAUCAGAGGCCUGUAAUUGGUGGUACUUGCGAACUUAUCUGUCUCCAUUUUGCAGUGUCCUGCGAUGCACCAAACACGGCUGGAAACUGGACCCUACUACCAUGAAAUACGUCAACCCUCCAGACAGCUUCAGUCAGGACAAGUUAGUUCCUGAGCUAGACGAGGACGGCAGGUUAUCCUUGGUGGAGCUGAUUCCGCCCGAGCCGUGGGGCACUGAUGUGAGACCCCCGCAAACUAUCCUGCCCGGAGAAGUGCAGUUGACGUUUUUCGCGCAUGCGUGUAUGGAGUUGAAGCUGGGAGACAAGACCAUGUUCUUCGACCCAUGGCUGACUGGACCCGCUUUCGCCAGGGGAUGGUGGCUGAUCCACGAGCCGCCCGCUGAUUGGCUGGAAAGGCUGUCACGUGCUGACCUCAUUUACAUAAGUCAUGUCCACUCGGACCAUCUCAGCUACCCGACGCUAACACUGCUGUCGGAAAAGAACCCGAACAUCCCGAUCUACGUGGGAGACACGGCCAUGCCGGUCUUCUGUAAACUGGAGCAGAGCGGGGUCCAGCUGAAGAACAUCAACGUCUGCAGUUUUGGUGUGUGGCAGGAGGUGAAUGCUGAUCUCCGCUUCAUGAUCCUGAUGGACGGCGUGCAUCCUGACAUGGACACCUGCAUCUUGGUGGACUACAAGGGCCACCUGAUCCUGAACACCGUUGACUGCACACAGCCGAAUGGCGGGCGGCUACCCCAGAACGUGGACAUCAUGAUGAGUGACUUCGCAGGGGGUGCAUCCGGGUUCCCAAUGACCUUCAGUGGAGGACGAUACACGGAUGAGUGGAAAGCAGCGUUCAUCUCCACCGAGCGGAAAAAGCUGCUGUACUACAAGACACAAGUGGUCCGUGACGUCAACCCCAAAGUCUACUGCCCUUUUGCUGGAUACUUCGUGGAAGCGUAUCCUAGCGAUACAUAUAUCCGUGACACAAACACGAAGAACAGCGCGGAGCGGCUAAACGCUCUCAUCAACAGGUACUCAGACCACAUCAUCACGUGGACACCGCGACCUGGCGCCACUCUGGACCUGGCACGGGUUCUGGAUGACACAGUGGACCGCAGAUUGACAAAACGUGUGGCAACAGUUUUUGACAUGGUGCUAUAUAGUGGAGUGACUAAUAUGAUAGAGACAGACGAAGAUUUCCAGCCUGUUGAGGGCGGGUAUGACUUCCUGGUGGACUUCUCAGACCUGAGUUUCCCUGCACAGCGGCCAGCCAGGGAGCAUGCGUACUUGGAGAUCAAGAACCGGAUCGGAGUCCAUCGCCAGACGGUUCUGAAGGGCCUGUUUUGGGACGAUCUGUAUAUCGGGUUUCAGAACAGGAUAUCACGUGACCCAGACACGUUCCACUACAAGUUCUGGAACCACAUGCAGAUCCUCCUACCGGAGCAGCCACCUGAUUGGACAGGCUUCCUGUGCAAGCAGCGCAAGAUGCAUGACGGGAAAUAUGCCCGGGCAGUCUGGAAACCGUCAGACAAGAGCAACUCCGUCGUGUCCAGUCUACUGGAUAUGCUGGUCAGAGCGAAGCUUCUUCUAGUUCCCGGGGUUAUGGCAUCCAUGGCAACAGCUGUGUACCUGUUAUUGACAUUCAAACGUUAAGAAUGUUGGGCUGCCUUCAAGAAAUGAUGAAGUUAGUGUAUUCGUUGAAAUACCUAUUUAAACGCACAAGUUUUACGAGGCCUUGAAUUUGUCCGUCGACGUAUAAUUUUUAAAGGAUUAUAUCAAAAAUGUAUUUAAUUGUAUGUUGUACUUUGCUGUCAAUAUAGUGACAAAGCUAACGUGCCU